AUGACCCCUUUAGACAUCUAUGUAGAAUCUAAGGACGGCAAAAACCUCAACUUCAUGACUUUUACCAGUCACAGGCCACCAGCCAAAUCAACAUGGGAAACAGCAGAAGGAUGUCCUGACCUAGCAUGGACGACAUUCGUGCUAGCAGUAGUGUUACAGUGGAAUGACUUUCAGGUGUCUGUUGAUGACAAUUUGGUGUUCACUCUGAAGAUCCCCGAGCCGAAACCAGUGAACGCUGUCACAGUGGCAGGAGAUGUUAAAGUUCGAGUAUUCAGGACGCCUCUUCCUGCUCUUCUGUCCACUGGAACGGAGAUUAUCGUGGAGGCAGCCGCAGAUGGAGUCACCAAUCGAAACUGGGUGCGUCUUCAUGUAAAUGGUGACAGCACACUGGCUCUGUCUUUGGUUGUACGAUGGGACACAAUGGACAUAGGCUUCAAUACACGGUCAUCUGGCGUGUGGUCAACGGCACUGAGCCAUCCAAAUGUAGUCCUCACGCCCAACGUCAUCUCAAACCUCUCCAUCAAGAUCACAGACACCGAGUUCCUGAUAUCUGUUGAUGACAACAAUCUGUUCACUGGUCCAAUAAGGGUUCCAGUACAGCAGGCCGACGCCAUUGAAGUGGACUUCACCCUCAUCAAACGAUUGCAGCUCAAAUAUCCCUGAUCGGUUAUAUCUCUGUCUAGUCUCCUUCAACAGUUUAUUCCAUUACGACAAAGGUAGUUAUUCAAGUCUGGACAAAUCAAUCAUGUGAUUGACAUCAUGAGCAUCGAUCAUCAAAGCUGACACGAUAGAGGCCCCAAUCCAGUUAUUCGCCUUUUACGGCAAGCAUGAUACUUACGACCUUGUGUACAUUCGCUUAACUCUAAUACAUUGUCUUUUUACAUUAGUUCUUGUAUAUUUAGAACAUUGUUGAGUUGCCCACAAUCUUUGUAGUGAUUCAUACUGUGACACAUAAAGGUGAGCUACGGAGCCGGUAAAAUCUCAUUGUGUUGCAUACAUUGUGAAAGGAAAGGCAUGUUCUGCUUAUCCUGGUAAUAAUCUGUGAUAUAAAUGUCUAGCAUGUGAUACCAUUAGAUUUAGAUUUGUACCACACAGGCAGGAUUUCGUUAGAAGUAGUACAUGUCACUUUGGCAGGUGGAACCAUUAUUAAAUCAUCGCUGUCGUGUUUGUUUUAUUUAUUAUGUGACACUUUGUUGAAGUAACUGAUUUGAGUAUCUUAUUUUGCUUCCCCAUUUAAAUGUGAUACAGUUGGUGGAUCCGGGCCUUAGUGGGCGAGCUGUCAGAGGCGUCGUGCUAGUAAUUCAAGGUUGAUUUUAUUGUGAUACAGUUGGUGGGUCCAGGCCUUAGUGGGCGAGCUGUCAGAGGCGUCGUGCUAGUAAUUCAAGGUUGAUUUUAUUGUGAUACAGUUGGUGGGUCCAGGCCUUAGUGGGCGAGCUGUCAGAGACGUCGUGCUAGUAAUUCAAGGUUGAUUUUAUUGUGAUACAGUUGGUGGGUCCAGGCCUUAGUGGGCGAGCUGUCAGAGGCGUCGUGCUAGUAAUUCAAGGUUGAUUUUAUUGUGAUACAGUUGGUGGGUCCGGGCCUUAGUGGGCGAGCUGUCAGAGGCGUCGUGCUAGUAAUUCAAGGUUGAUUUUAUUGUGAUACAGUUGGUGG